AUAUUAUGACCUAAGCCCACAAAUAUACAGGUUUCGCUAAUGAAACAGUUCCCAACUUUUGUAUUAUAAUUCUAUGUAUAUAUAAAAGGAUUUGGAAAGAAGAUGCAGUAUUCAGUAUUUUUGGUUUUGUUGGCAAGUGCAACGGUCUAUUGUGACUCAGUGUUUCAACUAACGGACAACGAUUUUGAUCAGUAUAUCAAGGAUAAGGAAGCGAUGUUGGUUGAAUUCUACGCGCCUUGGUGCAGCGAUUGCAAAAGAUUGGAGCCGAAAUACGAAUCUGCAGCAGCCAUACUUGGCGCGAAGAAAAAAUUUGUUUUAGCCAAGAUUGACUGUUUUGGAUCAGGAAUGGCAACAUGUCGAAAAUAUGGUGUCAGAAGCUGGCCACAAGUGAAGCUCUUUAAAUAUGGAAAAUACGAAGGAGAGUAUUACGGAGCUGAAGAUGCUUACGCGAUAGCGGCUUUCAUGGAUGGCUUAGUUAGUCAACCCGAGUCCCAGCCAGUUGUACAAGAUGCACAAGCAUACAAUCAAGCUCAAUAUAGUGCCCAGGCGCCGGCAGCUCCUGCCCCAUUUUAUAAUACAGCAGGAUAAGACGAGGAGACACGGACUCACAAUGAUUCAAACCAACAAGAAACUGCUGUCUGCAUGAUGAAUGAAAAACUACAAAUCAUUUUUCUAAUUUGUAGACUGUUGUUCUGUUUAUGAUAGCAAAAUUUAUCACGCAUAACAAAGCUAUUAUAAAAUUUAUAUAGCGAAAUAUUGCUUGAUGGAAACCUCAGCCGAAUGUACAUAUUCCUAUUGAAAACGUGUUAAUAUAGUUUUUUAGAUUUACUAAAAGCCAGCGCCGUUAUAGAAACCGGAAAACACACAAAUAGGAGCGUUUACAAAGGCAAAGCUUCUAUUAUUAAUAUCCUAAUUCCUAACACAGACACCGCUUUGUAUUGCUUAGUUUGUUAUGAGCAGAAGAUAUGCGCAGAACGGAAUUUACAUCAACCCUAAAUUUUCUCGAUAAAUGCAGGAAUUUCAGAGAAAUUGAGAAUAAAAAGUAUACUUCCAUUGUGAGUUAAAAAUGAAAACAGUUGCCGAAUGUGAUUUAAAUUAAUUCAACUAAAAUUGGCUAGGUUUGUUAUGCGCAGAAAACAUGCGCAGAAUUUACAUCAUUUUGAAAGAGCUAAAUUCUAUUGGAUUAGUUUUACUAUCAAUAAAGUUGGAAAGUUUGCAAUAUAUCAUGCAGAUUUCACGUUUAUUAUAUCAGUACAUAUUCUGUUGCAACUUGCAGGAGCUAGAAAAACUGCUGAACACUGAACUUAACAAGUAUGCAAACAUUCUAAGUCUAAGUCUACAUUUUAAAGUUAAAACUCGCACAAUUCUUUGCGAAUAUGGAAUGCAAUGGCAGCAAUGCAACCUCUUUGCUCUUUAAUAAAUCGUGUUUUAAUAAAUUUGCACUCGACUUAAUUGGUUUAUACCUGUAAAGUAAAAGUACAAUAGCUGUGAUAUUAAUAAACAUUGUAAAUAAAUACUCAUUCAACAUGGCUUCCGAAUUUCAAAAUUCGAAGCUCGCACGAGACUUUCCCAAGCGACCUUGCGUCAAACCAGAGGUCUCUAUAUAUAGCCUGAACGCGAGCUCGUCCAUUCUG